UGCCCGGGCUAGGCUGGGCUGCUCGCCAUAGGGCGAGUGGGAGGGGUUGUAGUCGCUGCCCUGGGAAGAGCCACAGCCUCUUUCGGCUGUCUGUCAGAGUCGCAAGAGGCGGAGCCCAGGCCUGGCCUGCUCAGGGUGCCUUCAGCAGCCUUUGCACAUGGAGACGUGCUGGUUCAUCGAUUGCCAUUGCCACCUCACGGCCGAGGAGUUCAGGCAGGACAUAAAUGAUGUGAUUGAAAAAUCAAGAAAGGCUGGAGUUCGAGCCUUUGUUUCUGUUACAGAGCAGCAAAGUGAAUUUGAGGAAGUUAUUGAUCUAGCAGAAAGGUAUCCAGAGUCUGUCAUGGCAUGUUUUGGGAUUCAUCCGAUUCAGAGUAGUGCAGAUGGACAUCGCAGUGUUACUGUUCAGGACUUGGAACCUGCCCUUCCAUUCUUUGAGAAGCACAAAGAUAAGCUGGUGGCUAUUGGAGAGAUUGGUCUAGACUUCACUCCGUGGUUUGUGUCCACAUCCCAGCAACGAGAGGAGCAGCAGAAGGUCUUUGCGUUACAGCUGGAUAUAGCUAAACAGCUGGACCUGCCAGUAAACGUGCAUUCUCGUUCGGCUGGGAGACAAACUAUUGCUUUUCUUAAGGAGCAAGGUAUUUGGAACGCACUGCUUCAUAACUUUGCUGGCAGGCCCUCUGUUGCCCUGGAAGGAGUACAAGCUGGCUUUUGUUUUUCUUUUCCUCCAGCUGUCACAAGGAAUGAUCAGCGAGCAAAGUUAAUAAGACAGAUUCCACUAGAGAACAUUUGCUUGGAGACCGACUCACCCUCUCUUGGCCCAAAGAAAGAGGAGAGAAAUGAACCAGAGAAGAUCAGGAUUGCUUGUCAGUACAUUGCUGCAGUGAAAGGAGUAUCAGUAGAAACAGUCUGUGAAGUAACAACAUGUAAUGCCCUGAAGCUGUUCCCCAAAGUUCACCAGCGGUUGAAAGAAUGAACACUUGCCAAACAACAAUAAAAAGAGAGCAUCUGAAACACAGCCCUGCUCUGUAGUUUGGGGCUUUAUUUUAUAUUACUUUUUUUUACAGUGUACGUAUACAUAUUUCAUGCUACGUGGAAUUUUUGUAUUACCAAAAUGACAUCUUAAAGAAUAAAAGCCCAAUAAAGUUUUACCUAUUUAUCCA